AUGUUGAUGGCCUUACAUUUACACAAUAAUAAUUUAAAAAAUUUGCCACAACUUUCAUUUAUGAAUUUACCAGUCCUUUCCCUAUUAAAUCUGGCAGCAAAUCAAAUUCGUUCAAUUCAUCGUCAGGCUUUUCUAAAUGUUCCACAACUUCGAUUUCUUUAUUUAUCAGCAAAUCAGUUGUCUGAAGUAACUAACACAGCCAUAAAAAUUAAAAAAAUUAAACAUUUUAAGGUCCAGCCCUUUCAAUUUAGUUCCUUUGAGCGAUUAGAAAUGCUUGAUCUUAGCAAUAAUAAAAUUGAAGAUCUUCCAAAUGAUACUUUUGCUGGCCUUCCAAUACUAAAACAGCUUUAUUUGGGCGAGAACUUAAUUGAUCAUCUGCAGCCUGAGGCCUUCUCUUCAAAUUCAAGCAUUGCAGUACUGAUUUUGGAACAAAAUAGAAUAUCAGAACUUCAAAAAGAUGUAUUUCGCAACCUUCGCCAACUUCAACAACUUUCAUUAAAAGCAAACAAAAUUAGAUCCAUUGACGCAUAUACAUUUCGAGGGAACCCUUCUCUUGCAAUGCUUGAUCUAAGUCAUAAUGAAAUCAUUGAUUUGGCUCCUGGAACAUUUUUAAAUCAGUUAAAUUUGCUCUUGGUUGAUUUGAGCAACAACAAAAUCCUUCGCACUCCUUAUGGAGCUUUUGGACGUAGAGUGGCAACUGUACUUCUUAAAGAAAAUCCUUUGGUUUGUGUCGAAAAGAUUCAUAUGCUUCAACAAGGCAAUGGUCUUUUUAUUCCAAAUAGUAAUGAUGCUAUUUGUGGGGAACAUAAAGACCAUGAUGUUUCUAACACUACUACGAUCCCAAGUAGCGAGUUUGAAGCCAAAAAUAGUGGUUUAAUUGCUGAUCAAGAAUCUUCAAUUACACCAAACCUAAGUGAGGAGACUGAGGAUGAAGUAGAAGAUGAUAAUGAACCUUUAACCUCUCCCUCCUCUUUUGUCCAACAAUUGGAAGAAAAUCAACAAAUUUCUAAAAACAAACAACAGAAUAUAAGUAUAAUUACUCCAGGAAGAAUCAAACCUAUUCGGAUUAUUCCAAAUGCUCAACAUGUGACAGCUAUUCAAUCGAAUAAAGCAUUAACGUCCCCUAACAAAGAAAACAAGCCAAUUGCUCUAACUGAAAGUAUUAUUGAAGAUACUGAGUAUACUACAAGCAUUGAACCUUCGUCAAUUUCAAGCAGUUCUUCUAGACAAGAUUUGACAGAGAACACAAAAGUUCAAACAACCACAGCUGAGGUUGGCAUAAACCCUCGGGUUAUCUAUUCACAUCCUGUUCCGUUCCUAAAGCCUGCUCCAAAAAUGCACACAGCUACUCACGUUGAAAAAGAUCAAAAUGGAAAUCCGAUAUUAUUACCAACUUUGCCACCAAGCAUAGUUGUUGCCGAAAAUUCUUGGCAUUUGAAUCAACAUAUGCCUUUAGAAGAAGAUAAAAAUGGGCAAAAACUUGACAGAGAAGGUGAUAAUAAAAUUACUACCACAUCCUACACCGAUCAUUCAACCCAAAAUUACUCAACAGUAGAAAAUAACGAAAAAAUUGAAGAAUUUCCAUUGCUUUUAUCAAAAACUCCAGUAAUAUCAGAAGAAAAUUCGUUACAACGCGUUGAAGCUGAACUUCCAGAGAAAAGGAGUAAUAAUAGAAGAAUGUUUCCAACAAUAAUUAUUGUUAUUUGUAUUGGUGCUGUUGCUGUUGUAAUGUGUUCUGUUUUUGUUGGAUUAUGUGUUGCUAGAAGGCGUAAACUUCGUCAACUUCAUUCCGAUACAGGCAUAAGUUUGGGUACAGCUGGCCUUGUUGGAAUGCAAUCCUCAUCUUUAUCAUCUCAUUCACCCAUUUCAAAUUCAUUUAUGAAUACUGCUAGCACUACUAGAGCGGCACAAAUGGGAGGGUUUUGCUAUAUUUCUGGUCCGAAUCAGCAAAGACAGUAUGAGACUUUAAAAAGAGAAGGAAUACAGCAAAAUUUUGGCGGAACAUUGAAUAGAUUGUCUACUACACAAGAGGAUAUUUAUGGAUGGCUUUAUACUCCUUGUGGAUAUAAUGCUUAUCGGAAAUAA